AUGAACAAUGAUCCCACACCAGCGAGCUCCGCGGCCCGCUUGCCAACCCACGACGACAACGACAGCGACGCCAGAUCCCAGGACGAGGGCGAUGCCCAAGGGCCAUCCAGACAACAGUCCCAGCGACGGCGGCGCUCUCGCCAUGGACGGCGACGCUCGUCUUCCCGGGUACGCCGGGCCAAGGUCGGCAUCGCGAAGAAGCUCGAAUUCAUGACACACCUCAUGAGCAGCUUGGACGUCCUGGUGUUCGCUGAGCUGUGUGUGUUGUACUACAUGGACUGUUCCUUUGCCCGCCUCGUCAUGCGCUCCCUCGUACAGUACAUGUACCUGACGCCGAAACCCGAAGACUUCCUCAAACUCAUGCCCGCGCCACGGCCGCAGAUAUACACCGUCUUCGCCACCAACAUAAUAUGCAUGCUCCUCCACCUCCUGCUUGCCCUUCCCGAAGCAAGCGAGACCAUGCGAGGCUAUCUACACGGGGGCGUCAUCAUCGACUUCGUGGGACAGAAGGCGCCGGCCUCCAGGGUCGGCCUCUUGCUGCUGGACUGCCUGGUCCUGAUGCUGCAGUGCGUCAUGUGCGCGGUGUGGCUGGAGAAGGACCGCCUCAAGAAGAUUGAGGUCACACUUCGAAGUGUUGCCGCCGGGGGUGUUCCAAAAACAAAUGCCAACACACCGGUUCCGCGGGCGCAGCCCGCCGUUGUGGGGGAUGCUACAUCAACUCAGGAUCUGGAUGCCGAAGAGCGAGGGGUGCUGAGAGAUGACCCGCUUGGCGAGGAUGAAUCCAGGGACAUCGAAUUGCAGCCACUGGUGACGGAACGACCGCCCCCGGCCGUUGCGGAGAGCAGCCGUAAUGGGCAACUGGAGGCUCGAUAUCAGCGGAUCUUGAGAUCGUUGGGCGGCUCGGACUCACGGGAAGAAGGAGCAGACAGACCGAGCUUACUGGACGUGUUGAUGUCCGGCAACGGUCUGUUGGCGAAUUUCCACGUCGUGCACUCCUUGCGCACAUUGGCCGCCGAGAGUAAUGGUGCCUCUAAUGUGGCUGGCUACCCACUGCGCCUCACCGGAUAUACAACAACGUGGGCUGCGCUCGCCGCUGAAAGCCAGGCGAGGUUAGAGCGCCGCACAAGACAGCGAUGA